AUGAUAAUCACUACCAUAACAGACGGGGACAACAAUUUCCUAGUGCCGACUUGUGGUCCCGGUAACGAACUACAUCCGUUGGACGUUUACCCCAUCGAAAGUCUUGUGGAUGUUGACGUGGGUUUGCGUAUUUUGCACGAACCAGAAAGCGUAACCGACAUCAAAGGAAAGAAAUUCCUUGUGAACUGGAGUCCAGAGGCAGAUGCUUCUGAAGCCUACAUUGUCGCAGCAGGUGCACCGGAGCAGCUUGAGAAGAAAAGGACGAAGGUGUUGAAAGCACUCCAGGUUGUCAGUGACAUCCACUGCGUCUCUAGGGAACGGGAAGAGUGCACAAACUGCGUGGAACAGAAAAGACGCAUUGAAGAGCUGGAACAUCGAAACCAAAAGCUUGCCAAGAAACUUCGCAGAGCCAGGGAGAAAUGUGAAAUGGUUGACAUGGUGGGGAGAAUUGAAGAAAUUGUGACGACAGCAUCAUCCCAGCAGUCCAAUGCGGCUGUGUGUACAGCAACCAAGGUGGACAUUGGCCUAGGAGUUUGCUUGGAUGCUGGCGUACUACAUUGAAUAGACAGGGCAGCAAAAGGCGACGGCACAAAGUUGGCACGCUCUCUUAUGAGGGCAUUAUAUCUGCCCGAAGAAAUGAUAGGCCACACUCUAUAUGGCCGACCCUGCAAUGCACAUAAGAGUGUUGCGCCAAAACCUUCAGUUGAGGAGACAAGGCGGGAAGCAAUUCUUGUGAUGGAAGUCUUGUGCCAUCGCACCUAUGACCUGCACUGUUAUGACAUAGGGGCAGUCCAGAAUUUGUGCUAUUCUUAGAAGCCCAGACAUGAUCUCUUCUUAUCAUGUCAAUCUCCCUGCAUCAGGAGGAUGCAUGGUGACAGUAUCACGUUGAUUCUUAUUUUGAACUUUUGGGCCUCACCACAGUGCUCAAUGCUAC